CUAGCUGAGAAUGAUGAUGCCCUUCGAAUAACAGGUAAACGGAAACCCAUUUUUUCUGUAUGUAUGUAAGAACUAGAGCAAGGAAAAGCUUUCAAGUUUAAGAUAAGAAUGUGUUGAGUGUUGAUGCUUAAGAAUGGCAAUGAAUUGUGUUGUUUCUGAAGACAGGAGGAAAUGUAUUUAUAGAUUUUAAGAUUCUUUGGAAGAUUAUUAUUUCCAAGAUAAAAUUAUUGUUGAAGUCACUAUAGGAUUGUGGGGCGUACACACGAGAGAUCACAUGGUGCUGUCUUAGAAGUGGUUAAGAGUGAAUGCCCCCACCUUCUCAAAGAAUAGCCAAGACUGAAGCCACUGCAAUCAAAUGAGAUAAGAUCAAACUGAAGCCUUAUAUUUGUUUCAUGUCUUAAUUGGUAUUCCAUAAUUUUGUAAACAUGCUUUAGACAUGUCACAUUUUCUUCUUCAUGUUGAGAAAUUGACUAAAUGCUAAUAUAUAGCUACCAGCUGUUGAACUAAUCUUGGCAAUGAAACAGGUACUUGAUGGCUAUAUAUCAUAUAUUCAUAUUGAUUUAUGGACAUGUUUUAAGACAUCUCAUAUGAAUCCUUUCAAGUACUGAUGUACCCUGUGAUCUGUAUUCUAUUGCAAUAAAUGCAUUCAUAUCCACUCUGCAUCAUUAUUAGACAAUUUCCACUGAUUUAGUAGGUUACCCAUCAGUAUGAAGAGCCAACUUAUGUGAUAUGUCUUAAGCAUGUCUGCGACAUAAGUAGUAGUCCAUUAAAUCAGCUUUGUAUUUAACCAUUUAUUAGAGUCUCAGUUGUCUCUUUCAAAAGGUGGCAACAUUGUUUGGCAAGAACUCUCAAAUCUAAAGUAAUCUUUCAUAAACACAAUGAAGACACUAGCAUGUGAUCUUCGUUUCGCCCUUGUCUCAAAGUAGGCCUUAUCGAAUGGCUAAUUAUUCAAAAACUUAUAGAUGGUAUAUCUAUAUAUAGGCGGUUACCCUUGCACUCUAAAGCAACACAAAUCAGUAGCAACAACAAUUCUUCUUUACACCCUUUGAGAUCAUUAAUUAGUUUGAAGCAAAAGAAAACAAUGGGAUUUCGCUUACCUGCUAUUAGAAGGGCAUCAUCUGCUGUAACCCAAGCAGCCUCCGUCCCAAAAGGCUAUCUUGCAGUCUAUGUUGGAGAGAAAAUGAAGCGGUUUGUGAUUCCUAUUUCCUAUUUGAGUCAACCUUCAUUUCAGGAGUUACUAAUCCAAGCAGAAGAAGAAUUCGGAUAUGGUCAUCCAAUGGGUGGCCUCACUAUUCCUUGCAAGGAGAUAAUAUUUCAUCAACACAUACAUACAACAAUGGGUUUUCUUUUGGCUGGUAUCAGAAGAAAGACAUCAUUUACUGCAAACCAAGCAACUUCCAAAGUUGUGGAAGUCCCGAAAGGCUAUCUUGCCAUGUAUGUUGGCGAGAAGAUGAAGCGAUUUGUGGUUCCCAUUUCUUAUUUGAAUCAACCUUUAUUUCAAGAAUUACUAAGCCAAGCAGAAGAAGAAUUUGGAUAUGAUCAUCCAAUGGGUGGUCUCACUAUUCCAUGCAGUGAGGAUACUUUCUUGGACCUCACAUCUCGCUUAAACUGACUUAGCACAAGUCCUGCCGAAGGAGACUGACAGAUUAAUUCAGAGUGAAACUUUUCCUUUUCUGUAACAAGAAUUGAGAGACAAUUUUGUGUAGCAGGAACUAUAGUAUACGUUUUUUUUGUAGCAUAACAUCAUCUCAUUGAGAUGGCAAGGAUGUAAAUAUCAGAAUUUUUCCUCCCAAUUUCA